UGAAGGACUUAAGCCAUACAGCUUCGUAAUCACAGAGGACUGACUCAGAGAUACAACAGAACUCCAGGAUGCUGUGUGUAAAUGAUGGACUGUUCAUUAAGCUUAUCGAGUCCUUCAGCGCUUUGGUCACCGUGAUUCUCCUUCUACUGGCUGAAUGUAGAGGCCAGUCUCUGGAGGUUGGACCAGCUCAAACAAUAGUGACUUUACUUGGUGAAGACGUCACCUUGCCAUGCCACCUGGAACCUGCAGCUGAUGUUUUUUCCAAGAGUGUGGAGUGGGGGAGACCUGACCUGGAACCCAGAUUUGUCCACGUGUGGCAUGAAGGUAAAAACUUUCUGGUCAGCCAAAACCCGUCUUACAAAGGAAGAACAUCGCUGUCCAUCGAGAAUCUGAGGCAGGGAGACCUUUCACUGAGACUCUCUGCAGUGAAACUCUCCGAUAAUGGAAUGUACAGAUGCUACUUUCCCUCAAAAAAUAAAAGAUCUACCGUUGAACUCGUUGUUGGUUCUGUCUCCUCACCGGUCAUAGCUGGGAUUAACAUAGACAGCAGUAGAGUGAUUCUACAGUGUGAGUCUAAAGGCUGGUAUCCAGAGCCUGAGGUGGUCUGGCUGGACGGUGAGGGAAACCUCCUCUCUGCUGGACCUACAGAGACAGUCAGAGGUCCUGAUGACCUCUAUACUGUCAGCAGCAGAGUGACUGUGGAGAAGAGACACAGCAUCAACUUCAUCUGUAGAGUCCAACAGAAGGACAUCAACCAGACCAGAGAGAUAGAGAUCCAGGUUUCAGCUGAUUACUUUGUGGAUACAUCUUCUUCUUCUGCUGCUCGUAUCGGCAUUAUAGUGGUUGCUGUCCUCGUUUUUAUUCUUGCAGCUGCCUUUGUUGUGUGGAAGUUGAGAGAAAACCAAACCAAAGACACAAAGCUGCACCAUGAGGCUGAAACUGGAAACAGAGAGAGAGAGCAGCUCAUGGCAGAAGAACAGAAGAAAGAGGAAGAACAGAAAGACUUGGUUAAAACACUGACAGAACAAAGGAAGGAACUGCAAAACCAAGAAGAUAAACUCAAACAGCAAUCGAAAGACAUGGAGAAAAACAUUGAAGAUAUUGAGAACAAGCUUCAGUCAGUGGAGAAGAUGCCAGGAAGUGAACAAUGCUGUGAACUGAAAGAGAUCAUAUUAAUGGCCAAAAAACAGCUGCUGGAGAGAAAACAUGGAGAUGAACAACUUUACCUGGAAACACGGACACUAAAGAAUAAAACAACCGUUUUGUUAAACACAAUGACAGGACAGGACGGUUGAAGUAAAGAACCAUAAGGAGAAAAUCAAUGAGCAACUGGAGGAGAUUCAGAGGAAACUUCAGUCAGAGCAGAAACAGAGAACCAUUCAGAUUAACAAUAGACAACAACUAAGUUUUAAUACUUUCUGGUGCUGAUAAAGAUGUUUGUGUAUCAGUAAUAAGAUAGUAAACCAUUUUCACAUGACAGGUUGGAUUUUAGUAAUAAUAGUAAUAUAUCUAUAAGAAACAUUAUAACAUUUCAUAAGUUGCUUCUUGAUAGAAGCAAUGUGUUUCCAAUAAUGACUGUAUUACUCAAUGCCUGCUUUUGUACUGUGUUAUAAGUCAAUUUUAUUUUCAUGUAUGUUUAAAGUAUCUUUUUAUGAACUGUAAUAUUGUGAUUUAUAACUAUUAUAUGUGAUCAUUGAAGCAUUUUCUUAAUUUCUUGAUGGAAAAUUGUUCUAUAUUAUAUAUCUGUUGAUCUCUGGACUGUGUAUAUAUUUGUGUAUUUUACAGUGUGUGUCACAGUUCAUUUUAUUUUUAUUAAAGUUUUCUUUAACAUUGUUA